ACACAAUACACAUGCUGAGAUACGAGAAUGACGUAACGUCGUACAAACAUACAAACAUUACGAAGUACAGACUACAGACGAUCCAAAAACCGCCAACACCUCAGGUUUUCCCUAACGGAGACGGUAUAAUAAGUCGUGUUUAUCAUGAUUAAAUUAAAAAUAGAUCUUUAUUUGUUUAUUUUGAGCCAAGAGUUUAGGACCGCUGUCGUCCAGUCCGAAUAUCGUCACUCCAUCCCUGUCCCCACCGCCGUCAUAGUAUUUUAAAUUUUAAUUAAUAUUUUUUUCCUUGAUAAUCGCCAAUCAGUGUUAUUGCGUUAGUGCGUUACUUUCGUCCACGACCGUAUUCCGCCAUCCGACCGUCGACCGUCAUCAGACGCCCAAACUAACCGACGAAUUACGAUUUUUAUUUUUCGGGAAAACAAUAUCGUACAACAACGAUUGACACGCUAUUCUCGAUUUAGUCGCGAAUAUGGACGAUUCAAAUUCAAUGUUGGCUUUUGUGUUGAAUCACUUGCCAGACUAUUGGGACCCCGUGCCUUCAUAUACAUGCAGCAAUAUGGUGUUCUCUCUGUCGCCGUCGAGAAACGCCGAUGAAUAUUAUUUUGUCGAAUCGAUGUUUUACGGAGCACACGUCAGUCGAAUUUCAAGAGUGCAAAACCCAUUCACGUACGGCCGUUUCAUGUUGAGGCGUGAAAUGAUUCAGUCCACUUAUGAAGAUACAGUUUUUCACGGAGUUCAUAAAGAUGAUUUGAAGAUAGCAUUGAAAUUUAACUGUGAUUAUAGAAGAUAUGCAAGAAAACGAGAUGGAGGGAUAUAUGAAAACUCUCAACAUCCUAUGUUUUAUAAAACAUUUUCAGAUUUAUUAAACAACACAACACAUGCUAUUACUGACAUAAAUGUCUUAGUUGUAAAAAUAUUGACAGAUGCACCAAAAACACAAUGUGAUUAUUAUGUUCAAUAUAUUGUUAAAUUUUGAUUUAUUUCUUUAAUUAAAAAGCAAGAUUUUAAUUCAUAAA